CACACGGGAUGGGCACAUGGAUGGACACCAGGACAGACGGAUGGACACCGGGACAGACGGACAACUGGGCAGAUGGACAACCGGACACCUGGGCAAUCAAACACCAGGACAGACGGACACCAGGACAGACGGACACCAGGACAAAUGGACACCAGGACAAGCAUCUGGACCACUGCACAACUGGACACCUGGACAACUGGAUAACCAGACACCAGGACAGACACAGGGACAAACGGACACCAGGACAAACACCCAGACAACCAGAAGACCGGACAUCAGGACACCAGGACAAAUGGACUCCAGGACAGACAGACACCUGGACAAACGGACAUCAGGACACCAGGAAAAUUGCACACCUGGACAGACGGACAACUGGACAAACGGACAUCAGGAUACCAGGACAAAUGCACACCAGGACAACUGGACACCAGGACAAACGGACACCAGGACAAACACCUGGACAACCGGACACCAGGACAGACGGAGACCGAGACAAACGGACACCUGGACAAACGGACAACUGGACAGACGGACACCAGAACAGACACCUGGACAAAUGCACACCAGGACAAACGGACAACUGGACAAAUGGACACCAGGACAACUGGACACCAGGACAAACACCCGGACGCCGGGACACCUGGACAGACGGACACCGGGACAGCCGGCCCCCAGGACACCCAGACCCUGGGACAAGCGGGCACCGCGCGCUCAGGACAGACGGACGGACGGACAGACCGACAGCCCCCCCCACCCCCCCCCGUGCCCACCUUACAUCGGGGAGGGGACACG